GGCGGAGGAGGCGGCGGGGGAGAGGGCUGUGGCUGGAGGCCGGGGCGGGGCCGCGCGGCGGGCGGGGCCGCAGCCGGGGGGCGUCGCUAGAGAGCCCCUGAGCCGCGGCCGGAGAAGAGCGCACAGCCUCGGGGAGCCCAGGCCCGGCAGCCAUGGCGGUGGAAGGAGGAAUGAAAUGUGUCAAGUUCUUGCUCUACGUUCUUCUGCUGGCCUUCUGCGCCUGUGCAGUGGGACUGAUUGCUGUGGGUGUAGGGGCCCAGCUGGUCCUGAGUCAGACCAUUAUCCAGGGGGCCACGCCUGGCUCUCUGUUGCCUGUGGUCAUCAUCGCAGUGGGUGCCUUCCUCUUCCUGGUGGCCUUUGUGGGCUGCUGUGGGGCCUGCAAGGAGAACUACUGUCUUAUGAUCACGUUUGCCAUCUUCCUGUCUCUUAUCAUGCUGGUGGAGGUGGCCGCAGCCAUUGCUGGCUAUGUGUUUAGAGACAAGGUGAUGUUAGAAUUUAAUAAGGACUUCCGGCAGCAGAUGCAGAAUUACCGGAAAGAUAAUCGCACGACUUUGGCCCUGGACAAGAUGCAGGAAGAUUUUAAAUGCUGCGGGGCAGCGAACUACACGGACUGGGAGAGCGUCCCUACUGUGCCCAGGGGCCAAGUCCCUGACUCCUGCUGCAUCAAUGUCACAAAGGACUGUGGGGCUUCUUUACAAAUAAAUAACAUCUACUCUGAGGGCUGUGUGGAGAAGAUCGGGGGCUGGCUACGGAGCAAUGUGCUGGUGGUGGCUGCAGCAGCCCUGGGCAUUGCCUUUGUGGAGGUACUGGGAAUUGUUUUUGCCUGCUGCCUCGUGAAGAGUAUCCGGAGUGGCUAUGAAGUGAUGUAGGGUGUCUGGUCUCUUCAGUCUCCUCAUCUAAGGGAGUGGGGUAGUACACUCCAGGUUUUUCAAUUAAACGGAUUAUUUUUUCAGACUGAAAAAAAAAAAAUGGUCUC